AUGUCAGUGUCUCAUCUCUGUGACAAAUACUCAGCUAGUACAACUUUUAAAAUAAUUAGAUCUGACUUGGUGAAUCUGAGGGCACAUUUAAAUACUCUUUCGAUGGAAGUAAAGAAUGUAAUGGAAACCCGAAAUGAUUUAAAGAAUAAAUUGAAGGAAGUUGGAUAUAUCAUUCCGAAAAUGUCUGAAGCCAUUCUCUAUUUAAGAAAUGAAGUAUCUGAGGGAAUGAAGGCUAUGUCUCCAGACACUGUUAGAGAUUUGGUGAGGAGUGAAUUGCAAACUUAUGAUGCUGAUAAAACUGGAAGAACUGAUUAUGCACUUGGAAGUUCAGGUGGCACAAUUCUUUCAACAAGAAAUACAGAAACAUAUUCAGCUGGUGCACCAGUACUGAAACUCUUUGGAAUACCUAUUUGUCAACAACAGAACACACCUCAGGCUGUCAUUCAGACUGGUGUUCUUCCGGGUGAAUGCUGGGCAUUUAAAGGUAGCAGUGGCAGUAUUGUUAUACAAUUACUUGUAGUAUAUGUUUCUGGAGUCAGUAUGGAACACAUUCCACACUCAAUAUCUCCAACAGGAGAAACGACUACAGCUCCAAAAGAUUUUUCUAUACUGAAUCGAUCAGAUAAACCAUAUGAGAUAAUUGAACUUAAAGUUCACUCGAAUAGUGGUAAUAAUGAAUACACCUGUAUCUAUAGAAUACGGGUCCAUGGUACCUUAAGUAAAAAGAACAGAUAA